AAGGGUGGGGUAUAAAGAAGGAAGAUGGUGGUGGAGUCAGGGACGUAUCAAGUAGCGAGGGCAAUAUCGGGGGACGCCAGUUGAGCGCGCUCUCGCGUUGACGUCAGACAGCCGGAGCCACAGAAGCUCCAGGGAGGUGGUACGCGUUCAACGGAUAGAAAAAUUUUCAAAGAGAAAUACAUCUACGUUCUAAUUAGCAAGCAUAAUGACGAACGAGAAAUUGGAUUUGGAUAAGACACUUUGGGAUCAGAAUACCUUCGUAGGUAGAUGGAAACAUUUUGCCUGGGUGACGGAUUUUCGGACUUGCAUACAUUCUGAAGAAGAAUUAAUGGCUGCUAAAAAAUUAUGCGAGGAUUACAGACUUGGAAAUGAGCCAGCUGGUACCACCAGAAAAGAAAUCAUCUAUGCCAAGAAGCUCUACGAGUCGGCCUUUCAUCCGGACACUGGUGAUCUACAAAAUGUCUUUGGUAGAAUGUCCUUCCAGGUGCCAGGUGGUAUGGCCGUGACCGGUGCCAUGCUCCAAUUCUACAAAACAACAACAGCAGUAGUUUUUUGGCAAUGGGUCAAUCAAUCAUUUAACGCACUCGUCAACUAUACCAAUAGAAAUGCAAACAGUCCAGUGACCACUAAUCAAUUGGGUGCGGCUUAUGUGAGUGCCACAGCAGCAGCAAUGAUAACAGCGAUAGGAUGUAAAUCUUUCUGGGAGAAAAGGGCAAAUCCUUUGAUGGCAAGGUAUGUGCCGUUCGCCGCGGUGGCUGCUGCUAAUUGUGCGAAUAUACCGCUAAUGAGACAAAAUGAGAUACGAAAUGGAAUCGAAGUUACCGACGAGAAUGGUCGAAAGCUUAGUAAAUCGAAGAUCGCUGCUGCGAAGGGCAUCAGUCAGGUCGUUAUCUCGAGAAUCGUUAUGUGUGCACCUGGCAUGUUGAUUCUCCCACCCAUAAUGGAAAGAUUAGAGAAAUACGCAUGGAUGCAAAGAAUUAAAAUCUUGCAUGCACCCAUACAAGUUAUGAUGGUUGGAUGCUUCUUGACGUUCAUGGUGCCGACUGCUUGUGCGUUGUUCCCACAAAACUGUUCGAUCGCAGUCAGUACUUUACAACGAUGGGAGCCUGAAAAUUAUGAACUUUUAUUGAAGAAUUGCGAGGGAAAAGAUAUACCAAUGCAUUUAUAUUUCAACAAGGGAUUAUAAUACGGUCAAAGGUUCGCUCCAAAGACGAGUAACAAUUAUAUAUGUACCGUCGUUUGAGUUUCUCGUUAGAAACUUGUUAGGAUUACAUUUGUUUACAUAAUCUUGAAUGAAUUGAAUCAUUGAAAAUGGUGGUAGUGAUGAUAAUCAUGACGACGACGAUGAUAAUAAUGAUGAUGAUGAUGAUGAUGAUGAUGAUGAUGGUGAUACUUUUAGAUAUAACGGUGCUAUUUGUUGUACAUCGAAGUUUUUUUUUUUUUUUUAUUUAUUUACUUUUUUCUAAUCGUCUGUACUCUGUUUAUAUACACACAUCGCGUAGAUCGAUUAACAGUCAAAUGUUUCUUCGACAUGUUUUCAGAUACUACAUAUAAAUAUUCUCGUUAAAAAGCAAUCGUCUCGUAGGACGGAUCAAGCAAUAAACAUUGACAAUACGUAAACUGGUGCUUUGUGCUAUAGGAAGAUAUUGUUUUUGUCUUUUACAUGCUAUUAAUGCUCCAAAGAAGACAGAGAAAGAAAGAGAGAGAUAGAGAUGGGAGAAACGAACAAAAAAUUGUUUAGUUAGCAAUAAAUAAGCGCUCGAUCGUAACCUUUA